AUGUUCUCCUUACCAGAGGCAAUGGUGUCGAGAACAGCCUUCUCGAUUCUGGCGGCCUCGUCGUUAAGACCCAUGUGUCUCAACAUCAUAACAGAUGAAAGCAGCAGGGCGGUGGGGUUGGCCAAACCCUUGCCAGCGAUAUCGGGAGCAGAUCCGUGGACGGCCUCGAAGAUGGAGACCUCGUCACCCAUGUUACCGGAGGGGGUCAAACCAAGACCACCAAUCAAACCGGAAGACAAAUCAGACAUGAUAUCUCCGUACAAGUUGGGCAUGACCAUGACGUACUCCUUGUAA